GGCUACUUGUGUUCAAAGCUGUCUAACUGGGAAUCUAAAAGCACAAUAUUUGCACUGCCGAAAAGAUGCGAAAGUCAUGAAAAAAUAGAUGAGUAGAUGCAGGUUUAUUCAUUGAAUGAAAGAACAUGCAUUCAUAGUAUGUGAUACAUUAGGGACGUCGUAGCUAAACGUUAACCUCCAGGAAGUUUGUGUGGGGAAAUCAGUUGCUUGACGUUACAAAGAAUGUCAGUCCUGUGCGCUGUCGACAAUGCACUGAAACAGUGUGAAGUUGAAGAGGGUCACUCCAACGACAACAUUUUCCUAUGUAGAGAUCUACUGACACAUAUGAAAAUUCGUCAUCAUGCAUGCUCGAGAGAGCCAGAGGAUACAGUUGCCAAAGAUGAUUCCCUAGAGAUUUCUCCUGAGGUGACACAAGAGCUGCAGAAACUGGAGAAGCUGCUUGAAAAGGCACGUAGAACACUGGCCACACAUGCAGACCCAAGAGCCAGUACUGUGAAAGGAAAAGAGAGGACUCCAUCCCUGGUAAAUUCCCAGAGAAAACACAGCGAGAAUAUCACCAAAGUCAGCUUUGACAAAAGACCUCCCCAAGUGGCAAAGGCAUCAUCUCAUACCAAAGCAACACAAAGGAUUCCCGGAGCUCAAGGGCCAACGACCAGGGGGGGCCUAUUGAGAGGGCCAGGCCAAACUGGCCUUAAAUCAGGAGAGGCUCCACCUCUAAAAGUUUCCGUUGAUAAAACUUGCACUCAGGACGUAGUUACUAAUGGCAAACUGAAGACCCAACAGAAAACCCCUUCUUCUGGUGAUGAUCUAUGUAGGACCAAGACACACGGACAUCCUGAUGCUAACGUGGAAGAGUUGUGGAUUCCAUCUCCUCUCCUGCAAUCUUGGACAGCAACGAGGAGCAAACAAAGCAGGUUAUGGGACAAGGUGUUGACCAGAAGUAUACAAGUUGUUCCUGAGAAGACGCACUUUACAGAGAAGCUUCAAAGUACUUUCCCUAUGGAGAUGCUUUCUGCCUCUGCUGACGCCAGUUCUAGGAUGGAUUGCCUCACUGAGCUAGGCAGGGCUCUCAAUUUUUGUCACCAUGCCGAGCACAGUAUUAACCAGUCUUCAACUGAAGUAGAGCCUGGGAGACAACAUAAGUCUGAAGGCAUGCUGAACGGACUUGAGGAGAUGAUGAUGGGUGUGCUGGCACACACUGAGCAAAUGAUCUCAGAACUGGAUAAGUAUCACAGACAGAAGCCUGGAGUGUUGUGUCCAGUCAGAAGGAGGGGAGCCUGGGGAGACCCACAAAGACCCUGCCUGCCGCUUACCGUCUGCUACCACAGUCAGGCUGAGCUUCAGGAGGUAGCCCACCUGAGACUGAGGGUGCAGCUACUACAGCAGGAGACCAAGCUCCAGCAGAUUCUCAGAGAUCGUCUCCACUAUGAUUUGCCUUCCUUCUCUGCCGUUGACCUAAGAGGACAGUACUCUCUCCUGGGGGAGGGAGGACUAUAUUUCCCUACUCUUGUAAUGGACACUGAGCCAGAUUGAGUUGAAGUUACUUCAGUACUCCCGAAGAGUUGAUGUGUGAGUGUUCUGCCAUUUGUGUCUGCUGUGAAAGUUUGGAAGGUGUAUUUUUAAAACAAUGUAUGUAGGCUAUAUAUAUGUUUCUGGAAAUUAGCUGGUAUAUCAAGAUUUUCGUUCAAUCAAAUCAUGCUUUGUGGAAAUAUUUGGGAAUUUGUACUUGCUUAGUGUGUUGCAAUUUCAUUUCACCAGCAGAGGGAGCCAUCUUAAAACUGACCCACCCUGAAGUUACUAUUCAAUUUCUCUAUGAUUGGAUGAUUUUUAAUAAAUAAAUACAUUUUCGUGUUAUUAUUUAAAGCCUUUAUUGUCAUGGUGCUGUGGAAAUUAUUCAUGUGUU